AUGAACAGACCAGGAGAUUGGAACUGCAGGGCAUGCAACCACCUCAACUUUCAGAGAAGAGAUUCCUGCCAACGAUGCGGUGAAUCAAAAUCGGUGUCUAGCGGUGGCGGUGAUUACGGUGUAGCAUUCGGUGGCGGAAGAGGCUCUAGUUCGCCUUUUCCUUUCACCACUGGCCCUGAUGUCCGCCCAGGUGACUGGUACUGUACUGUUGGUAACUGUGGAGCUCACAACUUUGCCAGCCGCUCUAGCUGCUUCAAAUGUGGUGCCCCUAAGGAUAUUGACACCUUCUCCUCUGACUCCUCAGACAUGCCAAGGUUAUUGAGAUCACCAUACGGUUUUGGAGGCGGUAGCGCAGGAGGCGCCUCCACCCGCCCCGGGUGGAAAUCCGGUGACUGGAUAUGCACCAGGUCUGGUUGUAACGAGCAUAACUUUGCUAAUAGAAUGGAGUGCUACCGAUGCAAUGGCCCUAGGGACUCUAGUUCUGGAAGGUCUUCCUAUUUGUCGUGA